UUGAGACUCAUUACGGCCACGUAUCGGACAGAUAUCGUCGCUUUGUUUCUCUCACUGACUGGCCUUCAAGUGUGGGCGAUUUUUUCAGGGUAUCGGUGGUGGUGUUAGAUUCAUGGCGACUCAAGGUCAAGUGAUCACUUGCAAAGCGGCCGUUGCCUGGGAACCAAACAAGCCACUGGUAAUUGAGGAUGUGCAGGUGGCGCCGCCUCAAGCAGGCGAAGUUAGGGUGAAAAUUUUGUUCGCUGCUCUCUGCCACACCGAUGCCUACACUUGGAGCGGCAAGGAUCCGGAAGGACUUUUCCCAUGUAUUCUCGGACAUGAAGCUGCAGGAAUUGUAGAAAGUGUUGGAGAAGGUGUGACUGAAGUUCAGCCUGGAGACCAAGUUAUCCCUUGCUACCAGGCAGAAUGUAAGGAAUGCAAGUUUUGCAAAUCCGGAAAGACGAAUCUCUGUGGAAAAGUAAGGGUAGCUACUGGUGCUGGAGUUAUGUUGAGUGAUCGCAAAAGCCGUUUUUCGAUCAAUGGAAAGCCCAUCUACCAUUUCAUGGGAACAUCAACAUUCAGUCAGUACACUGUUGUACAUGAUGUUAGCGUUGCAAAGAUUGACCCUGUUGCACCUCUGGACAAAGUUUGCCUGCUAGGCUGCGGUGUUCCAACAGGUCUUGGAGCUGUUUGGAAUACAGCAAAAGUAGAACCAGGCUCCAUUGUGGCUGUUUUUGGCCUCGGAACAGUUGGACUUGCUGUGGCAGAGGGUGCUAAAGCGGCCGGUGCUUCACGAAUAAUUGGAAUCGACAUUGACAGCAAAAAGUUUGAGCUAGCAAAGAAUUUUGGCGUGACUGAAUUCAUCAACCCGAGAGAUCAUGACAAACCAAUCCAGCAAGUCAUUGUGGAUUCAACUGAUGGCGGGGUUGAUUACAGCUUUGAGUGCAUUGGGAAUGUCUCUGUUAUGAGGGCUGCUUUGGAGUGUUGCCAUAAGGGUUGGGGAACAUCUGUUAUUGUGGGUGUAGCUGCCUCUGGUCAGGAGAUCUCGACACGCCCAUUUCAGCUAGUGACAGGCCGGGUAUGGAAGGGUACAGCGUUUGGUGGGUUCAAGAGCCGUUCCCAAGUGCCUUGGCUAGUGGACAAGUAUAUGAAGAAAGAAAUCAAGGUGGAUGAAUAUAUCACCCACAAUUCGAUCCUGGCGGACAUAAACCAAGCUUUUGAUCUGAUGCAUGAUGGGCUCUGCCUUCGCGUCGUGCUCAGCAUGAAUGCAUGAUGGGCUGUAAGCUACAUUAGUAUCGUAUGGAAGAAUGCUAUAUUGAGUUUUACUUUUUCUUCACUCCCCUCAUGGUUGAAUUCUCCUGUUUGGCAAUAAAUUAUCACUUGUUUUGGUUGAAGAACUGAUUUGAAGAAAAAAGUUAAUAUAUAUAUUUAUAUGA